UCGCCCACCGGACCCGAUUUAAGCCGCACACCAAAUUUUGCAGUUGGCCUCUAGCCAAUUCCUUUCCUGUUGCCGGAUUCCCUUGAGUUCACCAGUCACCUGCUGCUGCUGCUGGUGGUAGUAGCACUGCACCAUCAUAUCGGAAACCUCCUCUGGUCCUCUCCCACAGGGCCAUGGCGAUGGCGCCGCAGGGGCAGGAGCAGGAACAUGAGCAUCCGCACGGCGGCCAGCGCCCGGUGCCCACCGGCAACAGGAGCAGGCCCGGCGGCGGCGCGGCCGCUGCCGGCAGCAGCACCAUCGCCACCAACCGCUGGGGCCCCUACUCGGGCGCCGGCGACUUCGCCAGCAACAUGGCCGUCAUCCUCGCCGCCCUGCUCGCCGCGCUCGCGCUCGCCCUCGCGCUUAACGCCGCCGUGCGCUACCUGCUCCGCCGCAGCCGCAGAGCCCGCCGGCGCGCCGACGCCAGCACCACCGAUGGAACGGAGGCGGCGGACACCGCCGACCCGGAGAAGGCGGCCCCUCCGCCGCCGCCGCCGCCGCCCCCGGCCCUGGUGUACUCGGCGGCCGGGACGAAGCUGGCGGGCGCCGCGGCGGAGUGCGCCAUCUGCCUCGCCGAGUUCGUCGACGGGGACGCCGUGCGCGUCAUGCCGGCCUGCGGCCACGGCUUCCACGCCCGCUGCAUCGAGCGCUGGCUCGCCGGGGGUCGACGCUCCUCCUGCCCGACGUGCCGCGCGCCGCUGCUGGCCGCCGCCGCCUCCGAGACCGCCGGAGCCGCGGCCAACCAGCCUACCGCCGCCGCCGCAUCAUCAUCUUCUUGAUACAUGGUUCAGCUCGGCAGCCCUGCUCCUGGCAGGUGUUCGUUGCCUUUCCUCUUGUUUCUUUUUCUCUUUUCUCUGUGUAAAUAUUGAUCUCAGUCAGCAGAGGAGGGGAGAUUGAAGUGGAUGGAUGAUUUGUUUGAUGCCUUUGUCAAGAACUUCUAGUGUGGAUUGAUGUUCUUUCAGUUCAUCUCCAUCUCGGUAGCUAUUUCAUUCCCUUCUCUGUAAGGGUAAUCAUUUGAUGAGA